UAAACCUGUAUCAUUUCUUAAGGACUUACCUGGUGAAAGGAGAGUUGACAUUGCAUUUAGAUUCAUCAGGUGACACGAAAAACGAUGUCCUUGUUGAAAGUAAUGUUAGUCAAAUGACGCACACCUACAUGUUAGAACUACAGCUAAGAGCCAAUAUAGCAGGAUGCCCCUUAUGGCUCCUGCAGGCUUUUACUGAUAAUGCUUUAUUAAAUACAAGCUUUAAGACUCCAGGGAGUUAAUUUAAAGUGAAAAAGACUGAAAUAAAAAAUCCACCAGCUUCUAAAUGGCCAUGUUAGCUAGCCAGCCAGAAAACACAGCCAGGCCAAGUGAAGUGCCAGGCCAUGCUGGCUGUAGUUUGUCCGGCUAUCUUCAUUGGUGGUGCUUGGAGCCAAAAGGGUCAGGGGGAGGAGAGGAAAGGGAGUGGAGCGAGAAGACGACAGGAGGAGAUCCACCACAGGGUGACCAAUUUACCCGGACCAUCCUUGGACAGCUGGGCUACUAAUGGCCCUCCACCCUGGCCAGUCAGAGCGACCACAACACCGAAUCGGAUUGUCAGCCUCGGUCCUGCCGGGGAACAGAGACUGAAGAUGAUCACGACCCAGCAGAGGCCGUGGAGAUAGUCCUCACAGCAAAGAUUGGUCUUCUCAAUAACCUGGUCUCUGAUCCCUGGCUCUAACAUAGACUUCUGGAGAUUUCUGAAGCAGCUGGUGCUUCUUCUGACCAAAUCCAGUCAACCCCACCCUGCGUCCCUGCAGUGUGGCCUCUACACCCGUCUGCACAGCUUCAAAAUUUUGUCCAAGGGAUAAAUGAGUGAUCCGGCUGCAAGGGAAAGGGGUGGGACAUGUACCAGAACCCCAACAGAAUGUCCUGGUUCAGUGGUUUCCUAGUCGCUAGAGUGGACGACCGCAAGACUGCGUGGGGGGAGCGCAAUGGCAAGAAGUCCAAACGAAAGGGAGGCUCAUCUCUCUGCAACCCGCGUUACAUGAGCUGUCUGCGGGACCCAGAUGCUAUGGAGCCCCCUUCUGGAGCCCCCCUCCAUCAGCAUCACCGAGGAGGGGUGGCGGGGGCCAUGGGAGGGGGGGGAAACUUUGGCGUACGUUGUGGUUGGCAGGAGGACCACUAUGGAAAAAGGGGAGGGGAAGGGGUCGGGCUGAAAUCGGUCGACUUGGGCUUUGAAGACAGACAUUUGAAAGGGAGAAAAGGGGGAUGUAACGGUGGCAGUGGAGACGUUGGCGAUGACGGUCCCAAUGGCGCAGGAGGUGUAGUGACAGCUGCGGACUGCUGGCUCAGGGUGGUGCGGGUGUUCCAGUCGAAAAAAUUCCAGUCUGGCAAACUGGAGCGCCUAUACCAGCGUUACUUCUUUAGGCUGAACCAGAGCUCCUUGACCAUGCUCAUGGGGAUGCUUGUGAUCGUGUGCGGCAUCAUGCUGACCUUCCACUGUGUCCAUGCCCCUCCUCAAGUGGCCUAUUCAUCGGCCCUGUCGGUGGCCAUUGCGUUGUUCAUGGCUCUUAUGGUAGUCUGCAACCGCAACGGCUUCCACCAGGACUACAUGUGGAUGGUCAGCUACCUGGUGAUCGGGGUCUUGCUGUCAGUACAGGUGUUUGGGGUGCUCAUGGUGGCUCCAAGGAGUGCUUCGGAGGGCAUCUGGUGGUCUGUGUUCUUCAUCUACAUCAUCUACACUCUGCUGCCUGUACGGAUGAGAGCAGCGGUGCUGAGCGGAGCUGUGUUGUCUAUCAUACAUGUGGUCACCACCUGGCAAAUCAACCAGGAAGACAAGUUCCUCUGGAAACAGGUGAGCGCCAAUGUCCUGAUCUUUCUGUGCACUAACAUCAUCGGUAUCUGUACCCACUACCCCGCUGAGGUUUCCCAGAGACAAGCCUUCCAGGAGACCAGAGGAUACAUCCAGGCCAGACUACAUCUUCAGAGGGAAAAUCAACAACAGGAACGUCUGUUGCUUUCAGUGUUGCCAAGGCAUGUUGCCAUGGAGAUGAAGGCUGACAUCAAUGCCAAGAAGGAAGACAUGAUGUUUCAUAAGAUCUAUAUCCAGAAACACGACAAUGUCAGUAUUCUUUUUGCAGACAUCGAGGGUUUUACCAGCCUGGCCUCUCAGUGCACAGCUCAGGAGCUGGUCAUGACACUCAACGAACUCUUCGCCCGCUUUGACAAGCUGGCAUCGGAGAAUCAUUGUCUACGUAUUAAAAUUUUGGGUGAUUGUUACUAUUGUGUAUCUGGGCUCCCUGAACCCCGGGCAGACCACGCUCACUGCUGUGUGGAGAUGGGCGUGGACAUGAUAGAGGCGAUCUCGCUGGUGCGAGAGGUAACGGGGGUCAACGUGAACAUGCGAGUUGGCAUUCACAGUGGGCGUGUGCACUGCGGUGUGCUGGGACUCAGGAAGUGGCAGUUUGAUGUGUGGUCAAACGAUGUCACACUGGCAAAUCACAUGGAGGCAGGAGGCAAAGCAGGGAGGAUACACAUCACUAAAGCCACCUUGCAGUAUCUUAAUGGAGAUUAUGAGGUGGAGCCGGGUUUUGGAGGGGAGAGAAAUGCAUAUCUGAAGGAGAACAGCAUAGAGACCUUUCUAGUCCUCGGCUGCAGCCAAAAACGGAAGGAGGAGAAGGCGAUGAUGGCGAAGAUGCAGCGAACAAGAGCCAACUCUAACGAGGGGCUGAUGCCGCGCUGGGUCCCCGACAGAACCUUCUCCAGGACCAAAGACUCCAAAGUCUUCAGACAAAUGGGGAUUGAUGAAACCUCCAGUAAAGACAACCGAGGUGUUCAGGAGGCCAUGAACCCUGAAGAUGAGGUGGAUGAAUUUCUUGGACGAGCCAUCGAUGCGCGCAGUAUUGACCAGCUAAGAAAAGACCACGUGAAGAAGUUUCUGCUCACCUUCCAGACUUCAAGCCUGGAGAAAAAGUAUUCCAAAAAAGUGGACGAUCGUUUCGGGGGCUAUGUCGCCUGUACUCUACUAGUAUUCUGCUUCAUAUCAUUCAUACAGAUUGUUGUCUUUCCACACACCCCGGUCAUGCUGGGAAUCUACAUCAGUAUCUUCAUCAUACUCGCCAACAUCCUUUUCAUCUGUGCCAUUUAUUCGUGCAUCAAGCUCUUUCCAGCUGCAAUGCAGACUGUUUCAAAGAAGAUUGUCCAGUCUCGCACCAACAGCACCCUGGUUGGAGUGUUUACCAUCAUCCUUGUUUUCAUCUCUGCCUUUGUUAAUAUGUUUGCCUGUGACACCAAGAGCUUGGUGCAAUGUGUCGCCGAGAAGCUGAACACCUCCGAAAACCUGGUGACGCCCUGUUUGAUCCGCAGCUUGAAUGUUUCUGUUGAAGGGGGUCUAGAGAUCUGUCCAAGCCAAGGACCCUCCUGCCCCUUUCCUGAGUAUUUCAGCUACAGUGUGCUGCUGACGCUGCUGGCCUGCUCGGUGUUCCUGCAGAUCAGCAGCAUAGGGAAGCUGGUCCUCAUGCUGCUCAUCCAGCUCACCUUCCUGCUGCUGGUGGAGUGGCCACAAGUAGCGCUAUUCGACAACGCAGACCUCUUUGUCACCUCAAACGCGAUCGAUUUAAAUGAAACUAGUACUCAAUGGUCCAGUUCAAAUGAAACUACAAGCCAGUGUCCGUUUGUUGUGACCAAAGUGUCCCUGAGGGUCAUGACUCCUGUGAUCCUCACUGUCUUUGUCCUGGCACUGUACCUGCACGCCCAGCAGGUCGAAUCUACCGCACGCCUUGACUUCCUGUGGAAAUUACAGGCCACAGAAGAGAAGGAGGAGAUGGAGGAGCUGCAAGCCUACAAUCGUCGCCUCCUCCAUAAUAUUCUGCCGAAGGAUGUGGCUGCUCACUUUUUAGCCCGUGAGCGGCGCAAUGACGAACUGUACUAUCAGUCUUGUGAGUGUGUGGCAGUCAUGUUCGCCUCCAUCAGCAACUUCUCGGAGUUCUACGUGGAGUUAGAAGCCAACAACGAGGGAGUGGAGUGUCUGCGGCUGCUCAAUGAGAUCAUUGCUGACUUCGAUGAGAUCAUCAGCGAGGAGAAAUACAGGCAGCUAGAGAAGAUCAAGACCAUUGGCUCUACCUACAUGGCGGCCUCAGGUCUCAAUGACUCCACAUACGACAAGGAGGGCCGUUCUCAUAUCACUGCGCUGGCCGACUAUGCCAUGAGACUGAGGGAGCAGAUGAAAUACAUCAACGAGCAUUCCUUCAACAACUUCCAGAUGAAGAUAGGUCUGAACAUCGGGCCGGUGGUAGCUGGAGUUAUUGGUGCACGGAAACCUCAGUAUGAUAUUUGGGGAAACACAGUUAAUGUGGCCAGUCGUAUGGACAGCACAGGUGUACCUGACUGCAUACAGGUGACUACAGACCUCUACCAGGUGCUUGCAAACAAAGGGUACGUGCUGGAGUGUCGUGGGGUGGUCAAGGUUAAAGGUAAAGGGGAAAUGACGACCUACUUCCUGAACGACGCACCGCCCAACAGUUAGCAGCCGAGGCAGCAACAGACGUCUGGGUGAUCCCCACUGCAAGGACACAGCAGCACUGAGCAAGGACUCACAGUGCGAGCGAAUGGCUAAAAUCUUGAGACGCCAUCACUUGAAUCCCAAGCAACGAGGAAAAAACGUUUAAAACUUCAAAGGGAAAGUGGUCUUGAUGAGAGGAAAAUGUUCUCGUUCGAAAAGCCGUUUUUGGCCCACUUACAUGUUGAAGGACAAGUGUUUUUCUCAUGUCUAGCCUCUCUCUCAGGCUUCUUGAAAGAUGCAAAGUCUGUUUAUUUGAAACAAACGCCUUUUAGCCUGUGUCAAAAGAAGAUUAAUGCUGUACAUAAGGCUACUAUUUUAUUUUAUUUUGGGUUUUUUUUCUGGUAAUUUUUUAUUUCACAUGAAUUAUGAACAGGUACUCAUAUUUUGUUUCUGGGUUAACUAUUUAUUUUGAUCUCAAUGUUUUGUGCAAAAGGUCCUUUAUGAAAAAGUGUGAAUACAUACGUGCACAAAUAUCCAGUUUAUUACACGUUAUAAGUGUGUAUGUUCAUGCAUAUUUGUGUGAGUAUGAAUAUAUGUACAAACUGAGGAGGAAAAUAUUGACCAAAGACUAAAGUAUUUACUAAAAGCAAGGCAAGACAUGUUUGAUAUGUUUUCGCCAAAGUCACCACCUCUGUUUUUUCCUGCAGAAGGCGUGAACCCUCUGUCGUUUUGCCCGACUACUGGCAGCAAAGGCUGCUUCAUUUUUCUCAUAAGACAUGUAAGAUUUAUUUAUUUUGUCUGUCAUUCAGGCAGCAAAGAGCUGAUCACCUUUAUUCUAAGUUGUGAUAUUGCCCUCAACCUCAAAACAAAAUUUCUGAAGAUGACUAAGGAUGUUAUUAGAAGGUGAUGUCUGAAAGCUAUAUUUUUUAUCUCUGAGGAGCCGAUGCUCCAGUGGGGAUCAUCCUUCUUUCAAGUCAGAUUGGUUCCUUAGAUGUUGAGCAGCCAGCAGACAGCUGGUCUCAGCUGUAAUAGUUAUUAUAAAGGCCUCUUUCCCUUUCAGAGAAGUAUUUUUUUGGUGCAAAUGAAAAUGAAGGAACUUAAUAUAUGCUAGUUGUUCGGAGCCAUUGGAGGGGAAAACCUGGGAUUUCAGCGCAGUGGUACCACACAGCCUGAUUCUUCUAUGAAGAAGAAAUAGAUGAAGGAAAGAAUAACAUAUUGAUUUUGACUGAAUACUGUGCUUUGUAAUCCUGAAGGGGCAUAACUUUUUUCACUGUGAGGUUUUUAUGAGACAACAAAAACUGCUUUCUUGCCAAACAUAACCGCUUUGGAGCAUGUCUGAUUGUGGUAUCUUGUUUUCAUUUUUGUUUGUUUUAACGUAGGAUAUUUUAUAUCACUUCUGUAUCCAUCAUUUGUAUAUUCUUAAUGUUAUUAUUAUUAUUAUUAUUAUUAUUAUUAUUAUUAUUAUUAUUACUAUGAAGAUUCUGAUUAAUUAUUAUGCUUCUCAUGAUGAUUCCAUUCCAAUGAAAAGGAUCAAAGACCAGCACGCUUUCUUGUAAAAUGCCAGUCGUAAAGCUCAAGCUCACUGGUACCAACUGAUCAACUGCAGCCAAUGAAUCCUGCUGUUCAGUCCUAAUGUACAUUACAGUCUGUCAACUGGCAAUGAUCAUGUAUAGUAAGUAAUAACCAAUAGCUGCCUUUGCAGCAGAACCUGGGUGGUGUAUGCUCACAUAAGCAUCAAGGUUAACUCACAAAUGCAGAUGAUUCACUGUGCUUUUUUUUAUUUAUGCCACUACUGCAGUAUUGUAAAUCAGUCAGACUUUAAAGCUGGGGUUGGUAGUCACGGGGAACUAGCAUGCAUUUGA